GUAUCUGGCGCAAAUGCAACUUUUGACAAUCAAUAAGCAAGGAAGCUAAAAGAAAACAUAGUUGUCAACCAGCAAUACGUACAGAGAAGAGCUUGUCUAGUACCUUAACAUAGGCUUCGAAACCAUUCAUAGCCUUCUUGUGAAUUGUGAUUGGAAAGAUUAUGCUUCUCGCAUUGGCUUCUUGAAGUAGCUUUCCGAUACAACACCUCCCCUUCGUGCACUUGUCCAGCUAAAAACGACCCUAAAGGAGGGACUUUUAUUGGGUGCGCUCGACCACAUGGUGUUACAAUAAGCGCCUCUCUUGAAAACGAGGUCAAACUCAAGAGUCCAGACCAAAAGUUGAACUAAAACGAGAGAGUGGGAUAUUAGAGCAGGUACAAGGCAAUUAGAAGGUAGCAAAAUCAAGGCGGAAUGAAACAUUGUCGGCGUAGGAGGAAUAUGAAGCAGCAUCACAAAUUGACAUUGGCUCUGUGCAGGAUGUGGGCUGCCACUCUUCUUUACGGCGAGAUGCUUGCCUUUUGGGUGCCCGCUCUCUGGUCUUCUUCCUGGCCUCGUCUUCAUCAUCCUCCUCUUUCAUUUGCCAACUCCACGAUAAAUGGAGUAGGAUCUCGAAGUGAUUAUGUGAAAGUUGCUGUCCUAGCGGAUCCACAGCUUAUGGACAGAACCUCCCUCCUUCUACGUCCAAAAUCAUUUGCUUUGGAGACUGCACAAUUUUAUACUGAUUUAUAAAUGUGCAGGGCAUUCUUUUCAUCUAUCCUGCCUUUCAAACCUGAUGUGAUUUUGUUUUUGGGUGAUUACUUUGAUGGAGGCCCUUAUUUAUCAGAUCAAGAGUGAGGCCUGCAAAUUUCUAAUUCCCACUUGAAACUUCAAUUGGCUGCUUUGUAGUUAUAGGGCCACAAAAGCGUAAUGUGACCUGCUGUUAGCUUUGUUUUCUAUAUUUUUCUAUUCCAAAUUUUUUUUUUUUCUGGACAUAUUAUUGUCCCUCUCUUUAGACUAUUUUUCUUCUCAGCAUGUCACUUGUUAGUUUCUGCUGCCGAAUGCCCUUGACAUUCUUUCAAUGAUAAGUUGGCAGGAGUCCUUACACUGCUUUAGGCAUAUCUUUGGUAUGAAUGUGGAAGGAAGAUAUACAGAUAUGCAGGUUUACUUCAUUCCUGGCAACCAUGAUAUUGGCUAUGCAAGCAUCAAUUCUCAUCAUCCAGAGGUUGUCAGACGCUAUUUAGAAGGAUUUGGGAUUAGAAAUUUUUGGUUUACAGCUGGCAAAGUGGAGUUCAUUGCUGUCGAUGCUCAAACUCUCGAUGGUAAAGCAGUUAUCCAAUCUUCACUGACCAUAUAUUUGCAUUUCUGUUGUAUAAUGUAAGUAUAGCAGUUAAAUGUAAUCCCAAAUAUCUGUUAAUUUAUUUUCAUGAUCUGCAAUAUGAAUUUAUAAAAUUGCCUAAAUUUCUUAUAUGUCCUUAGCUCCUGGCAAGCAGCAACUUUAGUUGCUCUUUUCCCUUUACAAACCAUAUAACUAUUAUCCACUUCUGUGGUUUGCCUCAUCUGCUGUCAAGUUAAAAAUUUUACAACUUCAAAUAUUUUGAAGGAGCAUAUCUUUAUUUUGUCAUCACCACGCCACCCACAAGAAAAUUUGGCUUCUGUGACUUGGGAGUUUGUAAAAAAUGUUUCUACAGACAUUCAAUUAGUUCCAAGGGUUUUAUUGACCGAUAUUCCAUUGUAUCGGAGGCAUGAUACUCUUUGUGGCCCUCACCGUAGUUCUCCAAUCAUCAAUCAGGUACCAGAAUUAUGUUACUGAGGAAUCCUCGUACAAAUUGCUGGAGUUAGUGAAGUCUGUAAAUCACUUUCAUGUCCUUGAUUCAUCCUAUGGAUACAAUGUUUGCUUUAAUAGGGGUGCAGUGUUUUCUUUGCAUCCGUGUGCAUGGCAGCCAAAUGCUUAUCAGUUUGCAUUAAUUGUAUCAGGACAUGAUCAUGACCAGUGUACAGUGGUACAUGACUCAAAAUUUGGGCCCGUAACAGAGCCCACUUUAGGGACCAUAAGCUGGCAGCGGGGAAACUUGUAUCCAUCUUUCAUGCUAUUAUCUGUUAGUAACUCAGCAAAUGCCAAUGUUUCCACUCCAGAAGAUCCAUUAAUUUCUCAACCAUGCUUUCUUCCACAGCAAACGCACAUUUACAUAUGGUAUCUUUCCCUCGUUGUUCUGACCCUACUUACUCUCCUCUUUUGGCCAACUAGUGGGGGGUAAUGCUGUGAUACGGCCAACAGCAAGAAAAAACAUUUCUCAGGAGAUGGAGGUUUCUAUGAACUUCGACAUCAAUGUAGAGGUUGGAAAUGAUCCAAACAUAAAAUUACCACAUAGAACAAGCAAAUCAAAGACAAGUAUCAUUAUCCAAAGACUAAUGAGGACCUUCAGAAAGGUGACAGUCAUUGCUGCGGUAAAUGUACCUAUAUACAUGAUGUUGCUCUUCAAAGACUGGAUCGACCAGUGACCUUAGAAUACCACAUCGUGAAACAUAAAAUUACCACAUAGAACAAGCAAAUCAAAGACAAGGAUCAUUAUCCAAAGACUAAUGAGGACCUUCAGAAAGGUGACAGUCAUUGCUGCGGUAAAUGUACCUAUAUACAUAAUGUUGCUCUUCAAAGACUGGAUCGACCAGUGACCUUAGAAUACCACAUCGUGAAAAGAUUAUGCUUAAGGUGACUUCUUACUCCUUUUAUUGUACGUGAACGGAUGCCAUUGCCAAAGUUAUCUCCCAUUUGAAGUUCCAAGUAGCCAGUGCAGCAGUCUGGAAAUUCAUUAUGCUUUUAAUGCAUUUUAGCAGCUGCAAAAUGUGACAGUGAAAUCAGCAUAGUUUCUUAGUUUUUCUCUUCUUGGCAGAUUAUAGAAUGCAUUUGGUGGAUGUUCUCUUCACUCACAUUGGUGUGGAGCUCACUUUCCGUAAAUUUAUGGGAGGACUCACAUUUAUUUGAGUGCAAGGAGCACUAAAAUUGAGUGCUCUAGGUGCACUCAAUAAUUUCCCUUGCUGCUUUUUUUGUAGAGAAUUUGGCAGUUGGAACUUGCAGUUGUUGUAAUGGUGAAAUCAGUGAAACUCUUAACUUUCUUAUUAUUUUGUUUUAUUCAGAAAAGUGGCAGUAUUAAUUUUCAUCAAAAGGCCCUUACUGGCAAAAGAUGUACUCAAAUACCUCUAAUGGCAAAGAUAUUAUAGAUCAUUGGGCCCAAAUUUUACA